CCGGAUGUGAUUGGACCUCCACAGGUGCGCGGGGAGGCGCGCAGGUCCGUCCACCUAUAUAAAGAUCUGAGGUGGGCUCUGCGCUCACCUGCUCAGCCUGUCUCCAAGCGUCAGCACCAUGUCGGCAUCAAAUGGCUUCAGCAGCCAAACCUACAGCCCCACCAGCGGGGGGCUCAAAAAGAGCAAGCCCAACGAAUUCAACUCCACGGGGAAAUCCGAGGAGAAAAAAGACAUGGUUAAGCUCAAUGACAAGUUCGUCCAGCGGAUUGAGAAGGUGAAGAAACUGGAGGAAGAGAAGAAAAAACUAGAAACUAAGCUGAGGAUCCUCAAGGGACAGGACGACUACAAGGCGGACAUAGACGGUUACGUGAGGCAGGAGAAGGACGACCGGCAGCGGAAUAUCGACAACCUGAAGCGCGACGCGGAAAAGCUGAAAGAUGAGCUUGAAGACAUCCAGAAGAAGGUGGACGACACCAAGGAAAGUUAUGAGGAUGAAAUCAGAAGGAGAGCUCAGCUGGAGGCUGAGUAUAUCCUUGCCAAAAAGGAGCUCGAUGAAGGCCAUCUAGAUAUGGUGAGCGAUGCUCUGGACCUGGAGGACCUGACUAGACAGCUGGAGUUCCUCAGGAUUGGCUUUGAUGAGGAGAUCAAAGAGCUGCAGUCGAUGAUCAAGAGCGAGACGGUGACCCUUCCCAGCUCCAACACGCGGUCCCUGGACAUGGAUGACUACAUCAAGACCAUCGAGGCUCAGUAUGCCGAAAUGGCCACUCGCGCCAGGGAAGAGGCGGAGCUAUGGAACCAAAGAAAAAUUGAUGCCUUGGUUGAGACUGCAGGACAGAAAGAGCAGGAAGUACGUGAUCUACGGAGAGACAUCUCUGACAUCACGCGCCAAAUCCAGAGACUUAACGGGGACCUGGAAGGUAUCAAAAGAAAGGAAGAGUCCGUGAAAACUGACAUCGAAAAUGUUCGAAAAGACGGUGAUGAAAACAUGGAGAAGGCUAGAAAGGACAUCAAGGAGCUAGAGGCUGCCUUGAAGGUUAAUAAGCAGGAGCUGGCCAAGCAGAUCCGCGACUACCAGGAGCUUUUGAACAUCAAACUGGCCCUCGACAUCGAGAUCGCCACCUAUCGCAGGCUGCUGGAGGGUGAAGAGCAGAGAAUGGCCGGCAUUCAAGGUUCAGAUUACUAAAUACGAACAAUCAAUCCAAGACCGUACAUGCAUUCAGAUGUACACCAGCCAGAGAGGAAACACAUGCUGGAAAAGGAAACAGGAGAGAAACAGCUGCAGUAGAAGCAACAGCUGCAAUAGAAACAACAGCUGCAGUAGAAACACCUGCAGUAAAAACAACAGCUGCAAUAGAAACAACAGCUGCAGUAGAAACACCUGCAGUAAAAACAACAGCUGCAGUAGAAACAACAGCUGCAGUAGAAACACCUGCAGUAAAAACAACAGCUGCAAUAGAAACAACAGCUGCAGUAGAAACACCUGCAGUAAAAACAACACCUGCAAUAGAAACAACAGCUGCAGUAGAAACAACACCUGCAGGAAAAACAGCAGCUGCAGUGGAAACACCUGCAGUAGAAACAACACUUGCAGUAGAAACAACACCUGCAGUAGAAACAACACCUGCAGUAGAAACAACAGCUGCAGUACAAACAACAGCUGCAGUACAAACAACAGCUGCGGUAGAAACAACACCUGCAGGAAAAACAGCAGCUGCAGUGGAAACACCUGCAGUAGAAACAACACUUGCAGUAGAAACAACACCUGCAGUAGAAACAACACCUGCAGUAGAAACAACAGCUGCAGUAGAAACAACACCUGCAGUAGAAACAACAGCUGCAGUAGAAACAACAGCUGCAGUACAAACAAC